UAAAAAUAAAUAUCAAUAUAAGUAUUGUUAAUUUGUUGUUGAUUGAAUAGUUGAACACUUCAUCUUUAAUCUUCUCAAACCCUUGAAAUAAAAAGUCUCCUGGCAAAGAUGAUGCACAUGACCUUUUACUGGAGCCGGAAGGUGAAUCUCCUGAUCGAUUCUUGGCAGACCCAAGAUUGGACAGAUUAUCUUCUCACCCUUCUUGCAUGCCUCAUUGUUUCAGUUUUCUAUCAGUUCAUUGAGAAUCGCAGAAUUCGCCUCAAGCUCAUCGACGCCGGAAAGCCCUUCCCGUCAGAGAUCCAGACCCCUCUGUUGCAGCGGAAGCUCACCGGAAACAGGGCCAUGUUGGGCGUGAAGGUCGCCGGGGCGAUUCUCUUUGGGUUGAGCUCGGCCAUAGGGUAUUUGUUGAUGUUAUCGGUUAUGUCCUUCAAUGGAGGAAUAUUUGUGGCCAUCAUCGUGGGUCUCGCUGUUGGUUACUUUUUCUUCAGGAGGGUGAAGAUUCCAUUUUAGUAGACACUUCUUGCGCCUGUGCUUAAAUUCAGUCACUUUUAAAUCUUUCAAUCUUCUCUGCUGAAAAUCCUACUUGUUGUUUUAAUUUAGCCUUAUUCAUUAUGGAUAUGUAAUUUGUGUAUGGAAUUGUAAUUAACUCUAACUGUAAUAAUGGGAAGUGGGAACCCUUGAUUGAUUCUAAAGAGUUUUAUAUAUUUUUCUGGCAGCUUU